UUUUUUUUUUCAAGUUUCGGCUGAUUCUUUCUCACCAGAGUUGACGAAGGUAGACAGAGAAGAAUCUAGAAAAUAAUAUGAUAAUAGUUGAAAAAGGGUGUAUUUUAGCUAAUUUCGAUUGAAAUUUCCGCAAAUGGAAUUUCGGAUCCAUUGUUGUUGACCAGAUCUGACUAUCCCCAUUUCACUUUCGCCACCUUUUAACUAUUCCAUGAUUUGCAUAGGUUGAAUUUGCCUCCGUCUCUGGGCUUCUUAGACAUGGGAAAUGGUUUUUUUACAUCCACGUUUGUCAUUCCAGGAUCGUUUUCACUCAUAAAAGACGAUGAUAAUUUAGUUCAAAUAUGACAGGCUGUGGGAUAUCAGUAGGGUGGGAGGGUAACUUUUUGUACUACAUAGAUAAGGAUUUUGAUGGAGGAGAUGUCAACCACGGUUGCAGUGCCAUUGAGAGUAGGUAAUUCAGUGUGUGAUAAGCCAACCAUUACUACUCACAUGGAUGUGUCCAGAAUUAAGCUGAUGACAGAGGCAGGGUUGUUAUCCAAUUCUAUAACCAAGGUUUCUACUGAUACUUUUAUUGCUGAUGAGGAUCUGGACAGUAAUUGUCUUGGGGAGGAAGUUGGUAGUGCAGCAGUCACACCUCCAGAAAAGGGAAGAGUAGAAGAAAUUCCGAUGUUGGGUAUGGUGUCCCAAAAUAUAAACUCUUUGGUUGUCGGUGAAGAAGUUUUAACCCCAGAAAUUGAGGAUGAUGAUUUGAUAUCUCUAGAAGGUGAUCCAAUUAUUGAUAGUUCUCUUUCAGUAGCCAGCGAGAAUAGUAGUUUUUGUGGAGAUGAGUUCAUCGGUUCUGAGAUUUCUGCAGAUUUAGGAACAAGAAGUUCCAUAGAAAUAGAGAAAAGCAUCAACACUGUGAAAAUUGCUGCCAGGGCUACUGAUUUGGGUGUGUCAAAUGUAGUCGCAGAUGUAGCAGUUAGCGUUGGAGAAGAGACAGGAGUUAUAUCUGUCCCAGAGCCUACUACAGGUGUUCUUCAUCAACUAACUCUAGAAAGAUCUGUGAGUGGAACAGUUGGUAGAAGUGUUUUUGAAUUAGAUUGUACCCCACUUUGGGGAUUUACAUCUGUGUGUGGAAAAAGACCUGAGAUGGAAGAUGCACUUGCAACUGUACCUAGAUUUUUGAAAAUUCCUAUUCAAAUGCUAACCGGUGAUAGGGUACCUGAUGGCAUAGACCAAUGUUUCAGGGAGCAGACAAUACAUUUCUUUGGAGUCUAUGAUGGCCAUGGUGGUUCUCAGGUGGCAAAUUAUUGCCGCGAGCGCAUGCAUUUAGCCUUGGCAGAGGAAAUAGAAUCUGUCAGAGAAGGUCUUUUAGUUGAAAGCACCAGGGAUGAUUGUCGAGAUCUGUGGAAAAAAGCCUUCACCAGUUGCUUUUUAAAGGUUGAUUCUGAAGUUGGAGGGGAUGUUAAUACUGAUCCUGUUGCCCCAGAAACUGUUGGAUCAACUGCUGUUGUUGCUGUUAUAUGUUCAUCUCAUAUUGUAGUUUCAAACUGUGGUGAUUCAAGAGCGGUUCUGUGUCGUGGCAAAGAACCCAUGGCCCUAUCAGUUGACCAUAAACCAAAUCGACCUGAUGAAUAUGCAAGAAUUGAGGCAGCUGGAGGCAGGGUGAUACAAUGGAAUGGUCACCGAGUUUUUGGUGUUCUCGCAAUGUCAAGGUCAAUUGGUGAUAGGUAUUUGAAGCCAUGGAUUAUUCCAGACCCUGAGGUGAUGUUUGUUCCUCGUGCCAAAGACGAUGACUGCCUCAUUCUGGCCAGUGACGGCCUGUGGGAUGUCAUGACAAACGAAGAGGUGUGCGACAUUGCUCGGCGGCGCAUACUUCUCUGGCACAAGAAAAAUGGGCUGCCACUGCCCUCAGAACGGGGAGAAGGAAUUGAUCCUGCUGCACAAGCAGCUGCAGAGUACCUCUCAAAUCGCGCCCUUCAGAAAGGAAGCAAAGACAACAUCUCUGUGAUUGUGGUGGAUUUGAAAGCUCAGAGAAAAUUUAAGAGCAAGACGUGACUGUUUCUUCAACUGCACCUGGGUGUUAGAAGAUAUGAAAAGCUGAAUUAUGAUCGAAUAUAGGUUUUUUUUGCCCAUAAAUUUUUCAUAUGGGCAUCAUCAGAAUAGCACCCUGUACAAUACAUCCACCUCUCUCCCCCCUAGAUCACUCAACUGAUUCAGAGUCUCCUUGUAUACUGCCACAUUGGGGCCAUGUAAAUCUUUGCUGCUUUUUUAGGUUUGGUAUAGGAGACCAGUUCCAUGUUUAUCUGUCACCAUAUUGUAUUCAUUAUUAUGCCUCCGAGAACAAAGGCUCUGUGAGGUAUUCACUUCAUAUUGUUUUAACCUGUGUUGUUUAUAAAAAAAGGUAGUAGUUAA